AGAAGAGAUAUGGGGGAAGCUGACACGUCUCCCACAGAAGAGAAACAUGAGGAUUCGGGGAUUAAUCCUGCCGAGGACUCUGUCACAUGGAGCCAAGAGGUGGAAGUGUGCCUUUUCCAUGCUAUGCUGGGACACAAGCCUGGGUUAAUCGUCAUUUUCACAUGAUUUGCAUUCGAGAUAAAUUCUGCCAAAAUAUUGGAAGACAAGUGUCCUCUAAAGUGAUCUGGGAUCAUCUCACUACCAUGUACGACAUGCAAGCUCUGGAUGAAUCUGAAAUAUUGCCUUUUCCCAACUUGGAGAAGAGUUUUGUUCUUCCGGAGGAAAUAAUUCAAGACGUGAAAGAAGGUAAACUGGGGCAGGAGGAGGAAGAGAUAGAGGACGCCGGAGAGGAGGGAGCCCUGUGUGCAUCAGCCAGAGAAGGGGAGGCAGGCAAUCCAGGGAACCAGCAUGCAUGCAGUUUAAUAGGCAGCACCUCCUCUGGGAAUGGCACGGACAGCCCCCCAACAAAAGAGGAGAAAGUCCGAGAGAGGGCUCCAAGUGAGAGUGGAUCAAAGGAGACUGCGGAGAAGAGGAAGAGGAACCGUUCCACAGAGAAAUUGCUUGGCUUGAACACCGACCCUUCCAGUCCCGGUGGAGCCAAGCGCCGCAGGAUAUAGCCACCAGGGGGUGCCCAUGAGCCAGCAAGGACUGGGAGCCACUCGCAUCAGGGUUUUGUAAGGCCAUGAGGGUAGCGAGGGGGACGGAUGAGCAAUAGAGGAUCACUGGAGAAAGUGACAUGUACAUUUCCUCUCAGAAGAAAAUGGACAGGACAAGUCAACUUCCAAAGCUUAAAAACAAGGACGUUCCAUCCUAAGAUAGGCUGCCUGUUGUCACUUUCUGCCUUGAUGUAACAGCUUUUUACCACUUUAAGUUACUUGGUCUUAUUUGCUGUCUAUUUUAAAUAGGGAUUUAGCCAAUGAGAUCCAGACAGUAAGUGUACUGUGAGGGCCUGUGGCUACACAAUGCUAAUGGUUUGCAUUCUCUCUGACUAUGACACCAUCCUCAGUGAAAUCACAAUAAAUCCUUCAGUAAAAUAUGUCAA